AAAAUAUAGUAAUGUCCUUGGUUGCAACUUGUGAGAGCAUUGUGCAACACGAGAAGAGAUCUGUGUAGUUGUUAUAAGACAUUAUUGACCUCAAACCAAACACUUUUCAACAGCAUAUUCAUAGGAAUCACAAUAUCACAUGGUGUACUAACUAUGUCCCACUAGAUAGAAAGCUACUCGAUCCGUCCCUUGAUUGACACAGUUGACUAUAGUCGUGUUGUGUCAAUCAAUUUGGGACGGAGUCACACAAUCAUGAUGUGUAUGUGUACGCUUCAAAUCACUUUCUUCUGCCACGUGUCAAAAUAUAUUAAUCAAUGCUUUCUUCUCCCACAGUCCCACUGCUACAAAAUGCCACUCUUAUGAUCAUUUUUAACAGGCACACACUCACUAACUCAGUAGCACCACCAAUUUCACCACCUUCCACCGCCGCUGAGUAACCGAAAUGGCAACUGUGACGGGAUAUUUUGCGUGCCUCAAUUAUCAGGGAAGAUUAACAGAGUCUAAGCCUAAGAUAACUACUUGUUUCAAUAAUAAUAGUAAUAAACAAGUGUUUACUUAUGUUGGUUUGAGAUCCCUCAACAAGCUGCACGUGCAAACAGUACGUGCUACUCCAUCUUCUUCGAUAACAACGAGUGAUAAGAGUGAGAGUGAUAAGUUUACUGAGAAAAUAUUAGGGUGUGGUGGAAUGAAUUUGGUGUUUAUUGGAGCUGAAGUUGGACCUUGGAGUAAAACUGGUGGACUUGGUGAUGUUCUUGGUGGUCUUCCACCUGUUUUAGCAGGAAAUGGGCACCGUGUUAUGACUGUGUCACCGCGUUAUGACCAAUACAAGGAUGCAUGGGAUACUAAUGUGGUGGUUGAGAUCAAAGUUGGAGAUAGAAUUGAAACUGUGCGUUUCUUUCACUGUUACAAAAGAGGAGUUGAUCGUGUUUUUGUGGAUCACCCACUUUUUCUUGAAAAGGUGUGGGGGAAGACCGGAUCAAAACUCUAUGGUCCUAAAACUGGAAUUGAUUAUAGAGAUAAUCAACUUAGAUUCAGCUUAUUGUGCCAGGCUGCACUUGAGGCACCGCGGGUUUUGAGCUUAAAUAGCAGCAAAUAUUUCUCCGGACCAUAUGGCGAAGAUAUAGUCUUCAUUGCCAAUGAUUGGCACACUGCUCUUCUUCCAUGCUACUUGAAAUCGAUAUACAAGUCUAGGGGGAUUUACAAAAAUGCGAAGGUAGCGUUUUGUAUUCAUAACAUAGCCUACCAGGGAAGACAUGCCUUUGCAGACUUCGAUCUUCUCAAUUUACCUGAUGAAUUCCGAAGCUCUUUCGACUUUAUUGAUGGGUACACUAAGCCCGUGAAGGGAAGGAAAAUCAAUUGGAUGAAGGCCGGAAUAUUAGAAUCCGACCGAGUGUUCACUGUAAGUCCACAUUAUGCCGAGGAACUUGUUUCUGGAGAAGACAGAGGUGUGGAAUUGGACAAUAUCAUUCGCUCAACUGGUAUCACUGGUAUUGUGAAUGGCAUGGAUAAUCGAGAGUGGAGUCCACAAACUGAUAGAUACAUCGAUGUACACUACGAUGCAACAACUGUCACCGAAGCAAAAUCUCUGUUGAAAGAAGCUCUUCAAGCAGAGGUUGGGUUGCCUGUUGACAGAAGUAUCCCUUUGAUAGGAUUCAUCGGAAGACUAGAAGAGCAGAAAGGUUCAGAUAUUCUUGUUGAAGCUAUUGUGAAGUUCAUUGACGAAGAUGUUCAGAUAAUAGUUCUUGGAACUGGCAAAAAGAUCAUGGAGAAGCAAAUUGAGGAGCUCGAGGUAACGUAUCCUGGCAAGGCAAUCGGGGUAGCAAAAUUCAACGGCCCCUUGGCUCACAAAAUAAUUGCUGGAGCUGACUUUAUAGUGAUCCCAAGUAGAUUUGAGCCUUGUGGUCUAGUUCAGUUGCAUGCCAUGCCAUAUGGAACGGUUCCCAUAGUUUCCUCAACCGGUGGACUUGUUGACACUGUGAAAGAAGGUUAUACAGGAUUCCACGCCGGAGCAUUCAACGUAGAGUGUGAAACUGUUGAUCCAGAUGAUGUAGAUAAGUUAGCAACAACAGUGAAGAGAGCCAUUAAAACCUAUGGUACACAAGCCAUGAAAGAGAUUAUCCAGAACUGCAUGGCCCAAGACUUUUCGUGGAAGGGACCGGCCAAACUUUGGGAGAAGGCGCUAUUGAGCCUCGAGGUCGCAGGCAACGAACCUGGAAUAGAUGGCGAGGAGAUUGCUCCACUUGCUAAGGAAAAUGUGGCUACUCCUUGAGCAUCAACAAGGAUAUCCUCAUUUUAGAUAUCGUCAUGAUAAAAAACGAUAUCUAAUACUCGCGUGCUACUAACUCGGAAACUGCAGUUAAUGAACGAGUUCUAACAGAGGAACUAAUAGUUCUAAAAUAGAACUUAGUUGAAGGUGUCUUUAUGAUGCAACGUAUAUAAGCUAAAACUAACGUAAGGUUGUUUGGAAUAAGGUCUUGUUUCUACGAAGUUUAAAUUAAGUUCAAGAUAAUAAAGGCCUAUUCAAUGUUGUUUAAUUAUUUUCAUAUGGCAUUUUGUGGUGGAAUUAAUAAUCAUAGGAAGGAACAUGGCUUAUUCUAUUUUGUGAUGUUAAUGGCAAUGUGGCAUCAGAUGAUGCAGAGAAUAAGUUGACGGAUAAA